UGUCUACUAUCCAUGUGAGAGAGAGAGAGAGAGAGAGAGAGAUGCCUUAACUCUCAUUGUUUUGCCUUUUCCUUUCUUUAUUCCUUGCACAGACCUCAAAGUAGCACUCCUUACUUCUACUUGUGAUAAUGGGCGCUACCUCUGCUCUCCACCAUUAAGUGUUUUGAUCAUUCAAUCUCAACGAGGGAUAGGACCAAGACAAGCAAAAAGCAAAGACAACCCAGUUUUGAGAUCUGAGAGGUGAAGCUUGAGGUGGGAGAUAGGGACGAUGAAGCUUCUGCUGCAACCGAAGGGAGUUCUUGCUGCCCUCUUGCUGUUGAUUUUUCCUGCCUUUUAUUCUCCAUUCGCUCAUGCCUCUCCUCCUGUCCUGUCGGAAUGGAAUGCUCCUAAACCUAGGCACCUACCUCUGCUGAAGAGUGCCUUGCAGCUUCCAACUUCAAAUGAAAAGCAGUCUGAUCUCUGGACUCCUUUGGAUGAUCAAGGAUGGAGACCUUGUGUUGAGUCCACAAACUCCCCUCCUUCGUUACCUGAGAAAUCUGAGGGAUAUCUUCAAGUGUUUCUUGAUGGAGGGUUGAACCAGCAAAGAAUGGGGAUAUGUGAUGCGGUUGCUGUUGCUAAAAUACUCAAUGCGACACUUGUCAUCCCACAUUUUGAAGUCAAUCCUGUUUGGCAAGAUUCAAGCUCUUUCAUGGAUAUAUUUGAUGUGGAUCACUUUAUUAAUGUCUUAAAGGAUGACAUUUCUAUAGUUAAAGAACUACCUGAUGAAUUCUCCUGGAGCACGAGGGAGUAUUAUGCCAUAGCUAUUCGAGCUACCCGAAUUAAGAUGGCACCUGUCCAUGCUUCAGCUAACUGGUAUCUAGAGAAUGUCUCGCCUGUGCUGCAGAGUUACGGGAUUGCUGCGGUUUCCCCAUUCUCUCACCGCCUGUCCUUUGAUAACUUGCCUAUGGACAUCCAACGUCUACGUUGUAAAGUCAAUUUUCAAGCAUUAGUUUUUGUUCCACAUAUUCGAGCACUUGGAGAUGCUCUUGUCAGUCGCCUCAGACAUCCUUACAAGAAUGGAGCACCUGGUGCCAGCUACCUACAGGAAUCCACUGAUGUGAUUGAUAAAGAUAGUGCAGGGAAGUUUGUUGUGCUACAUCUUCGUUUUGACAAGGAUAUGGCUGCUCAUUCAGCCUGUGAUUUUGGUGGGGGAAAAGCUGAAAAGUUGGCUCUGGCCAAAUACCGACAAGUGAUUUGGCAGGGAAGAGUCCUUAACUCCCAAUUCACUGAUGAAGAGUUGAGGAGUCAGGGGCGCUGUCCAUUGACUCCAGAAGAGAUCGGGUUGCUGCUAGCAGCUUUGGGUUUUGACAAUAGCACUCGUCUAUAUCUAGCUUCCCAUAAGGUUUAUGGUGGAGAAGCUAGGAUUUCAACUUUACGAAAAUUGUUUCCACUAAUGGAAGACAAAAAAAGUCUUGCCUCUUCAGAGGAACGAUCACAGAUCAAAGGAAAGGCUUCUCUGUUAGCUGCAGUUGACUACUAUGUUGGCUUGCACAGUGACAUCUUCGUCUCUGCUUCUCCAGGAAAUAUGCACAAUGCUCUGGUUGGACAUCGGACUUAUAAAAACUUGAAGACCAUAAGGCCAAAUAUGGCUUUGUUAGGCCAACUGUUCCUUAACAAAACCAUUAGUUGGACAGACUUCCAGCAAGCGGUCGUUGAAGGGCAUGAAAACAGACAAGGGCAGAUCAGGCUAAGAAAACCAAAGCAAUCUAUUUAUACUUAUCCUGCUCCUGAUUGCAUGUGCUAUGCUUGAUGUGAUUUAUGUGAAGGAUAUCAAACCAUGUGUGUUCUAUUGAUUUAUCACCGCAACUAUUGUUUGUGGCUUGUGCCCUGUAGUAUUGACACCAUAAAUAAACAUGAAUUUCUUUUUUCUCCAA